GUGCGAAAAAACUCAGCUCAUGUGAGACUGUCUGCUUACUGCAGAGAUGAGAUGAUGAGACUGCGAGUGCGAGCAAUCAUUCGAUGUGGGCAAAUAUCUCAAUUUACCAAAAAUAUCUAUUCAAUGUAAGCAAUCAAACGAUCCGACCUGAAGAGCCUGCCGAAAAGAUUUUCCUAACUCAUCUUUCCAAAUUGUUCAAUACUCGCUAUUUCACGACGAUAAUGGAGAAUCCGAGUGGCGAAUAUUCACCUUUUGGUUGUAAGAAAUAUCCUCCAAGGGACGAUUCCAAAUCCCAAAUUCUCACCACUCGAUCGGAACAGCCUCAGCCAUCGUCUACGAUGUUGACGUUUUUGCAACGGAAACAUCCCGAAAAAUACGAAGCAGCCUUGAAACAAGCGGAAAAAGCGAAGAAGGCAAUUCCCGUGACUCCUCCUGCUCCCCCAAAAGCCGACGUCUUUGUUCGCCAAACUCCCCCAUCAGUCCCAUCCCGAUCUCCAUCCACGCCACCACAAAAUAGAGCACAAAAAGAACGACCCAAAAGCAUCAGAACAGUUCCAACUGUUUCAACGAAGAAGGUGGUGGAACCUGCUCCACGUCCGAUCAAGGAAACUGGCGACCCCAUCAAGGACGAGGCGAUUCGAAAAUUUCAAGCUGAAAGGGACCAUCAGAAAAAAUUGAUGCAGGAAUAUGCGGCCGGAGAUACGUCCGGCUUCUCCCAGGAGCAACUCCAAGACAUGAAGUCAACCCACCGUGACCUUGCCCAAGCCAUUAAAAUCCACGGAACAGGCGAACAGACCACGGCAACAGCGUCCUCAGAAUAUAAAAGUAAUUUUCACGAAUUUGACUACGAUAAUUAAUACAAACUAAGAUGUUAAUUCAAAAUUGUUAUG